AUGACCGACCCAACUGCCAGCACCAUCACGGCGACCGCCGCCGCCCCAGCCGAUAGCGCCAUCGGAUCAGGCAAACGCGAACGCGAUCCCUCAUCCCCGUUCGCUCCCGGCUCCCCACUCACAGAAGAUAAUAAAGAGACCAAAAGACUUCGGCUCACGCCAACUCAGCCUACCAAUGGAUUCGCAGCGCAAGAAGGCGAGGUUACUAUCCUUCCUAACCUCCACCUGCCUCUCAACGAAGACGUCUUUCGCACCUUCUUCCAAUACGCACACGACCGUCACGACGUCUUCCUCAAGCGUCAACGGGGAAGGACGCAAGAAGAAUGGACAAGCGACCCCGUACUGUGCACUACCAAGUUCGCUAACAUCUAUCGAGUGCUCGACCGGGGCACCCAGUAUGUGCUCACACAAGUUGUUCAGGACGGCCCUCAGGACUUGGAGGAGGUCUGCUUCCGUAUCUUUCUAUUUCGCUCGUUUGCACGAGUCAGCACCUAUGAAGUGAUCAAGAGCGCGCUCGGUAGCCCACCGACGCUCAAGACCUUUUCGCCUGCCGCUUAUGAAAACAUUCUGCUGCACCACAUUGGUGCUGGAAACCCCGUCUACGGAAGCUCUUACUUCAUCCCCGCGCCGAGAGAAUUCGGGACACAAUACCCAUUCCAGUCGACACUGAGGCUAGUCCAGCUGAUGCUCAGGACCGGACUGCCAAAGAAGCUCGCCGACCUACAUCACAUGCGAGAUGCGCACUCGCUGCUCGCCACUUUCCCGAGUCUAGGGUCUUUCCUUGCUAUGCAGCUCUUGCUCGAUCUCAAUCUAUCAGACCACUUUGACUUUAGCGAAGAAGAGUUUGCUGCCUGCGGGCCUGGUUCCAAAGCCUGUCUCGUCGAAAUCUUUGGCAAGUUUGUCACUGGCUUCGAGCUCGAAGCGAUGCGAUGGAUCCAAGCGAACCAGGAUCAUUACUGGUACAAAUACGGCAUCACCGAUGUGCCACACCUGUGUCCUGCUCGCAAGCCAGGUCUUAACGUCGUUGAUAUCGAACACACGCUCUGUGAAGUGUUCAAGUACCGUCGAGCCAAGAAACGACUCAAUAAACGUAGUUUGCGUGUCAAACGUGGUCGCUGUCGACGUGCAUCAACUGCUCGGCCCGACUCUGUUGCUGCUACGCCCACCGCUCCGGUGACGCCUUCAACCCGUGCUGUCACUGUCAAGCAGGAUGACGAUCAGGACGGUGUCGACGGCCUCGACUUUGAACGUAUUCGAUCGAAUGGCUCAAAAACCUCCUCCACUACCACCGAUAAGGUCAAAACCUUUGCUCCGACCACAGACUCAGUCACAGGUGCUCUACCAGCAAAGUGGCUCAAGCCGCGUCCAGCUGAAUCGUACGAGCGACCUGAACCAAUCGAUGACAGCGAACAGGUCUUCGAAGUCUCACACAUUGUCGCCAUCACCCCGACCCACAGCAAGUGUUUGGUCCGCUGGAAAGGGUUUGGUCCAGAAGACGAUACGUGGGAGAACACCGACGAGCUCGUCAACAACGGCGCAAAAGAGGCAGUCGAAGAGUACAUGAAAUGGAUCAACAAAGUCCGUGACGAAAUCAGUAAGAUGCUCGACGAAGAGAAACAGCAGAGGAUCAAAUUGGAGCAGAUGUCGGCUGAAGCACUCAUAAAUUAA